AAGCUGAGGAGCUGGGUGGCAAGAGCAGGCACAGAAUGCUGCACGGAAAUAAAGACGAGUGCAGCGAGGGGCUAGUCGGGCAAGGAGAGCUGCAGCUUCCUGGGGUGCAGGGAGAGCCAGGCUUAGAGGCAGCGCCUUGAGGGGGGCCAUAAGGACCAAAGGUGCUAAGAGGUAGAGAGGCCUGCUGGAGAACAGGGUAGGAUGAAGGACUGGGGGUAGAGAGAGAGGAGAGAAUGCUGACAGGGCAAGUAGAAGAUGUUCUUUGUCCUCAGUGUCCUGAAGCCCUGAAACAUGCCAUUAAGUGGAGGGCUGUAUGGCUGUGAAGACCCCACCUACUGGAGGACAGUGUUUGAUGUCUACUGGGAUGUACUCAAAGCCAAAGGAGGCAAGAAGAAAAACCUUUUUGGGCUGGAUAAAUGGUAUCAGGAGGAGCUGCCAGGUGCUAUUGCAGGAAGGAAAGAAAAAUAUCUGACACAGAGUGAAGUGGUGAAACUGAUGGAAUGGAAACUUGCUCGGGGAAAGUUUCGUCCUCGUCUGCAGCAGCUGGUGGCCACUAACUCCAGUGAAACGGUGGAGAUCUGUACAAGGAAAGCUUUCCAGCUCCUUCCAGAUGUGGCAGCUGCCAUUACUGAGCUGAGCCAGCUAAAGGCUGUGGGACCAGCCACAGCUUCGGCAAUUCUAGCUGCAGGAGCCCCAGAGGCUGCUGCAUUUAUGGCAGAUGAAGCAAUGGAGUCCAUCCCCGGCCUCACCCCAGUUCAGUAUACCCUCAAGCACUACGUCCUCUACCUGGGCAAGAUCCAGCUCUGUGUCAAGAAACUAAACCAAGUGGAUUCAGAGAAAGCAUGGACUCCUCAUCGUGUGGAGAUGUGUCUCUGGACCUGGGCUGUGGCGCAGAAAUUGUGUCCUUCACUGCUGCAGACUCUCUGCUUAGGAGGAGAGAAGGCAGCUGAUGUGGCAGAUGAUGAUGUUAGAUCCACAAAGAAAGGGAAAACCAGGUGAAAACAUUAUCAGCCAGGAACCUAAGAAGCGUCACUCAGUGUUUGCCUCCUGUUAUCCAAUCCACAGUUCAACUAAAUGCCAAAGCUGGACUCCCUGAGAAUCCAAAUAUUGCCCUUUUUCUGAGGCAUUCAGGGAAUGGGUCAAAUUGAUCGGGUGUGGGCAGAAAUAAAGGGAAGCUCUUCUGUUUGAAUCACUCCCCAUUUGGAGCCAAAGCUGAUCUUUCAAACAGAGCCCUAUCCUGUAGGUUAUAUUUCUGAGACCCUAACUCCUCCAGCUCUCUGCUUGCUGUGUGCACUGAUUUUUACAAUAAUUCCUUAAUAAACUUUUGAUGGUUUUCAUAGUA